ACAGGUUUGCCCAGGGAAGAGAUGACAGUAGUUGGACUCUUCUCAAACUCCAGAUCUUAGGUGAAGAGAGGGAAGAAGCAGGUUUAGAGACUGGAUGCAGCCAGACGUGCGUCCCCCAACCUGUUGAUACAUCACAAGGACUGUAAUGGCACGUGACCCGGUUAAGUUUACAGAGCAUCAAAUGAUCUGCCUUUCAUUUCGGUCCCUGUUGCCGUGAUGACCACAGGCAUGAGCACAGCAGGCGUUCACCGAGGCUUCCUCAGGAAAUAUGGGGGCUUCAUGUUCAAGCAGUGGAAGGAGAGGUACCUUGUGCUGACCAUGGAGGGAAGCCUGUUGGUGUGCCGCGAUGCAGAGUCCCCUCCUGACCAGGUGGUAGCACUACAAACCAACUGUGAGUCGAUUGUAGAGGGACGAGAAAUCCUCGACCUGCCCAAGUUGCCUCCAGGGGGCAGGAGGGACUGCUGCUUCGCCCUCAUCCUGCCACAGAACAAGUUCCUGCUGCUUCUCACUGACAACCCCGAUGACUGCAGUCUGUGGCUGAAGUUGAUCAGGAAAGUGAGGGAGGGUGUCAUGUCACCCAUGACCCUUCAGAGACAACGCAGCAUCACUCCCUGCAUCACUGACAGAGACCCCCUGCCCGACUCCUCCAGUGAUAAAGACCCCGGGUCACCCAGGGUUAGUGAAGGCACCCCUCCUUUAUCUCAAGUGACUGAACGGGGAGGCUCCUUCAGAGAGAGAGGCCAGAACCCAGCCAGUGGACCACGGCGGUCUCUGCGUAGUGCUUCUGUGGCCCCCCCUCAUCGUAUGUCAGAUUGUCUUCGCCAUGGCAACAGCAGCGAUGCCCGGGCGGUGAGGGCAGUGUGCCUGUUGAUGGGAGGGGCAGCGGCCUCCUCUGCAAUGGGCUACCUCAGCUCCUGCUCCCCUUCCUCUCCCCUUGCUAGCAGAGCCCCAGAGCUCGCCCAUGGCGCAGGGGGCUUCUCCGAGCUUCCUGCAGGAGGCUCCUUCCACGCCUGCAGCCAGGAUGUUGACUCGCCACACUUCAACAGCUUCGACUUUGAAGGAGACUCCGACUUUGAUGCAUUUGACUGUGGAGGAUUUGCUUUUUAGCUUUGACUAGAGAGGGAGAGAAACUGUUUGAAAGACCCUUUAUUCUCAUAAAAACCCCUCUGUUGGUAUUCCUUCAUAAUAUAAGGGCAUUAAUUAAUCACUUGUUGGGUUAUCUAUACGUCUAAUUUAUAAAUUAAUGAAGGUGUUCUUCCUGGCUUUAUGCCCGUGCUCCUCAGGUAAAUCAUUCAUGAUCUUGACUCCUCUGAACACUGUCUGUCUGUGUUGUAUCAGUCUUUCCAUGCCACAGGACGACUUGAGGGUGAGCAGUAUAAUGAUGCCAGACAGCCACGCGGAGGUUUAUGAGGAAAUUUUAGUCCCAGAGCUUUAACAGUUGUGGUUCUUCACUGUAUGUUUAUUUUAUACGUUUUUUUAAAUUUGACCUCUGUGCAUAUUUUCUCCUCAUCUACUUUCUCUCCAUUUCACUGACACUUUGCUCGAUUUCCUUUUGCCAUACUUUCUGAAAUCCCCCCACCAUCUGCACAUACCAUUAUCUUACAUGAAAUGCAGUCCAAAGGUGAACUCUAAAUAAAUCCUGCUGUCACCAUGA